AUGAUAAGACGUACGUUCAGCUUAAAUGGUCCAGGCAAUGCAGUUUGCAAGCCUCUGUCUGUACCAACACAUGAUGGACCAAAUAGAUUUAUAAGAUUUAAGUUGCGUGCUAUUCGCAAGGACUUUUGGAAUGUUUUGUGUCAUGCGAAUGCUGAAAAGCUCAAAAGUACUGCAGAGGAGGUUAUUCGCAGGUAUUCGUCUUCUAAAAAUCGCGAAAUACCUCUAUUGACUACACACUUUAUUAAUACACACUUCAAAAAACUUGAGCUAAAUAAAGAAAAUAAUGACCAAACAUAUUCUAAUAAUAUUGAUACAGAUCAAACCACUACGAAUAGCUCUGAAACUGAUAUUAAAUCUAAAGGAUUCUGGAUAGUUUUUAGUAAACGCUUCAAAGCAUCACUUAGAAUCCUUAAUACGAGUGACAUAAUAACUGUACUUAAAGCAUUUCAUAUCGCAAAUAGAGACUCGGGAGAGUAUGUUGUGGCUGUACUGGAACUAAGGAGAAGAAUAGAAGAAUUUAGGAAGAAUGACCUGCUUGAUACACUAUUAAUUUUUUCUAGGAGACUGAAACUCAACACACAAAAGGACUUUUUCACAAAGUUAGCCAAUCAUGUUCCAAAUGUCCUAUAUUCGCUAAACGGCUUCGAAAUUGUAAGGGUAUUGUGGAACCUAAGCGACGCUGGUUAUAACAACAUGGACAUUUGCAGAAAUGUUCGCCAGAAAUUUCUUGAUCGCAUAAACGAACUUAGUGACGACGAUUUGGGAAGUGCAUGUCUGGCCUUUGGGCGCUACGGAUACCGCAACUUGGAACUAUAUGAGAAGAUACAGGAAAAGCUAUCACGUCACUGCAAUGCUAAUUCACUAUUUCAAGUAUCCUGGGGAUUGUUUUUAGCAAGUGUCGAUGCCACAAACCUCAUAGAGACCAGGAAAGAGAUAUUUUGGGGUUCUUUAGGCAAAUUGCCGAGAUGGAAGAUACAAGUAUGGAAAAAUAUCAUAGAUGGAACUAAUUGUAGUGUACUUUGUGCAGGUUGCAAGGAGUACGUUACACUUGACCUAUCCGAGAUUGAUGAAAAGAAAUUCAAAAAAACAGAUAAACGCAGUGAGAUAGAAAUUACUUUGAUUGAUGAACUUGCGACUCAAGGGAAAUAUAUAGGUAAAGUUACUUCUGGCGAAGAAACUCUCGCAGAGGAGCCUUUAGUUCCUUGUUCUAGAAAUGUGAGAAUUUUGCGUAUUUCUAAAAAUGAUCCUCACUAUUUUGAUAUUGAAGAAGCGCCGGCUAGGACAGGUGGAACCGCGAGUGGUAUUUUGUCCUAUACAGGCCGUGCUUUAUCCUCUGCAGGUGGCGCUAUAUCCUCUGCAGGUGGCGCUAUAUGCUCCACAGGAAAGUCUCUAGGUGGUAAUGUAAUUGGUACACCACUGCGUAUGAUUGGUAACAUGAUUGGAAAUAGUGAACCCGCUCCACAGGCGAUUGAAGGCCCUAAAACUAGUGAGAAACCUGAUGAGACGACCACAACUUCCAAUAACACUGUUCAAGCUCCUGAAUCUAAUGAAGAAACGCCAGAAGAUAUACAGCAGCCACUUUUGGAGGGUUUUGAUCCCAAGGACUUUGAAGAAGUUUUGGAGAUCCACACCAAUUAUGAACGUGUGACUGCAAGGCUUCGUUUUAAAAAAGAAAACAACAAAUAUACACAGCUCGAGUACAUCAGUAAGGAUGUGGAUGUUUGCGAAAAUUUGGAUUCUGUUUUGGUCAAAAAGGCAUAUAGUGCACAUACCGUUUAUCGCCCCGGUAUUUUUGAACUGAUAGGUAAUGUAAAAUGCAGUGAUAUUGUGUUAUCCGAUAGUAGAAAUGUUUUUGCAAGGACCAUAGAAAUUGACAACUCAACCAAAGAUAUCAAGAUAAAUACAAUUCCUAUUAUUGGAAACGUAUAUUUUGAGUCAUUUGUUUUGGAUAAGAGUGGGAAAAUGUAUAUGCCUAAAAGUUCCAAUGGUGGUUGCAAAUACCAAAUAUUGGAUUUUUCGGAUAUUUAUUCAUAUACCAAAGAAACUGAGGACCUUCAAACAACCUGUGGUCCAGAAUGUAUCUUCUAUGAUGGCUGCAGUAACUUGAAACAUAGAAUUGUAGCUUUGUAUAAUAAGAAUGAACCCGUUCUUUUCAGCCCUAAUAUACAGUGUAUAUCUGCAAAAUGUGAAGAAAUUAAUGACUCAACAUAUGUAACUGUUUAUACAAAAUAUAAAAAUUCCGAAAAGGUUACUGUGAAAACAUAUAAAUCCACGGAUAAAGAUGUUUUUAGCGAAACUAAGAGGGAAUAUGUUAAUCUGAUUAUUCCGGAGAAUAUAGGAACUAAUACUGUAAGCACCCCUGAAAGUCAAAAAACUGCGGAGAAUGAGGGUGAUACUUCUGAAAAUGCUCAAUCGAAUGACAAGCUUUACGAUCUUUACAGUAAUUUGGGAACGUCUGAUCCAUCUAAACUUCUGAACAUAAAAUUGGACUCACAAGGCUUUAUAAAGGUUUAUAGUGGAAAGAAUGGAAUAGUAUUCCAUAUGUCCAAAGAUGCGAUUGUAGAGAAGGCCAUAGGAGAUGUAUUCUUUGAUGAUCAACAAAUAACCGAAUUUAAGAGUGAUAUAUACAAUAGGGAGGUUAUAUAUGAUAUAACUAAUAAAUCUAUCAUCGUUUUAGAUGAAUUUGAGGACGGAAGGUUUGAAAGGGCGGUUUAUAAGGAAGACGAUGGUCAAUUUACAUCUUGUCUGCCAUCUCCAUUAGCUAUUGACCUUAAGGGAGAUGAUUUGGGAGAACACCUUGAAGUUAUCACCACUGAUAAUUCCAGAACAUUCUUGACAACAAUGAAUCAUGUAAAUAAGAUUGGUACUAUUAGCGAGGGAACCAGGUUUAUAACUCCGAAUAAACAUCAAAACAUCCAUGUAAGCCUUCUUUACAAUGAAAAGGAGCUUUUUGCCCGUACAAGACUCAGUAAUGGAAGAUUUGUACACCAAAAAUUCUCAGAAGCGCAUCCAUUUGAUGAUAGUUUUCCUCCCCUCCACCUUGAAAAUGCAAAAGAAUUUAUCAUAUUGAAUCUUGAUGAUGCUUCUUGCAUAUAUACACAUCUCUAUAGUUUGGAAAAUCUUAACAUGAUCGGGUCAUCUCUGAAUUUUAGUAAAAUUAGUAAUGCUCCUGAAAGGUCCGCACCCUUUCUGGAAGUAGUUAAUGUAGGUGACUAUUAUGCAAUUGGUGUGGCACCUUCUAACGUCUUUACACAUUGCAUCGGAUAUGUCACUUUCGCAAAGGAUACAAUAAUUCCACUAGACUACAACUUGUACUCUAGGACGGUUUACAUACCCACUACUUCACUUUCUCAUUUUAUAGUCAAGAACUGUGAUUUCACAGAAUGUUGGUCUGAUCUCUAUGUUGCUAAGAUUAUAGAUGGAAAGGUAAAAUUUGAGAUUCAGGAAAAAGUUGCAGUAGAUAUUGAUUUAGAUGAUAAAGUUUCUCUUGACGAUCGUGUCUCCAAGACGUUAACUGGAAGCGUUAGGUUCUUUAGAAUUCGUGAGGACUUAUCUUACAAGUACAAAAUUGGAAAAGUUUCACUCAAGGGAACUGUAAUUGCAGAAGAUGCUCCCAAUAUUUUUAGUCGCAUGGUAAAUUUUGCACAUGCAAAAGAAGCUCAGGGCUCGGAUAGUGGGACGGUGAGAGUUUUGACAGUUGAAAGAUGGGAUAAAUAUGGUCAUGUCUAUUCUGUAAAGACCGAGAACGGAGAGAUACAGUUUUCUCAAAAUGAACCCAAAAAGGUCAAAUUGGAUAUUCAAUAUGGAGCAGUAUCCAGACCAGAUUAUGUUACACUUCAACACCGUGACGACGUACUUAAUUUCUUUGUGAACUGGCAAAACAGCAACGACUAUGUGCUUGGAGCCGUUAGAGCAUCGUUUUACAACAAAAAUCAGAUGAGCAAUCCUAAUGAAUCAACGCUUUUACCAGUGGAUCUCAAGGAUCCACUUCCAGGAAACAUGCCAGUGCAUGUAAGAGUUCAUCCUGACCAGAAGCUUGUAGUUGUUGUGGAGAAUAUUCCAAAGGAUUUACCAAAACCCUCUAACGUAGACACAUAUCCGCUAGACUAUAAGACCGAUGAGUAUGAGGGAGAAAUCUUCACCUAUAAUGUAACAAAUAAAAAGGUAAAGACUCCUAGUGAAUAUCUUAGAGAUGAUUCAUUCAGAACCCUCUAUACUCCAUUCUUCUAUGAUUUGAAGAAAAAGAGGAGUCGCUAG